GUGGAGUUCACCAUUAACCUAGUUCCAGGAGUCGGACCCGUUUCUAAGGCCCCUUACCGUAUGGCGCCGAAGGAGCUUCAAGAGCUCAAGGCCCAGAUCCAGGAGUUGCUCAAGCUUUGUUUCAUUCGUACGAGUGUCUCGCCGUGGGGUGCGCUCGUCCUAUUCGUGAAGAAGAAAGACGGAUCUAUGCGCAUGUGCAUUGACUAUCGGGAGUUGAAUGCCCUUACAGUCAAGAACAAGUAUCCCCUUCCCCGUAUUGAGGACCUUUUCGACCAGCUGAGAGGAGCCAGCAUCUUCUCAAAGAUUGACUUGCGUUCUGGCUAUCAUCAGCUGAAGAUCCGAGAGUCAGACAUUUCCAAGACUGCUUUCCGUACCCGCUAUGGCCACUAUGAGUUCGUAGUCAUGCCUUUCGGACUCAGCAAUGCCCCGGACGUUUUCAUGGACCUCAUGAAUAGGGUCUUUCAUCCCUUCCUGGACCAGUUCGUCAUUGUGUUCAUCGACGACAUUCUGGUCUAUUCCCGAGCUAUCGAUCAGCACAAGGAGCAUCUGAGGAAUGUGCUGGAGACUCUUCGCCGCGAGAAGUUAUAUGCUAAGUUCUCGAAGUGCGAGUUCUGGUUAGAUCGUGUGGCGUUCCUUGGCCACAUUGUGACAGCGAGAGGCAUUGAGGUGGAUCCCAGCAAGAUCGAGGCAGUGAGCAAGUGGGAUACGCCGAGAAGUGCCGCUGAUGUUCGUAGUUUCCUGGGGUUAGCAGGAUACUAUAGGAG